CGAGGUGUAUAGGGGAAAAACAGCUGCGGCAUGCUAAAGUAAGCGAGUUGUUAGCUAGUCCUUGUUUUCGCGUGUGUGUCAGCGAUUUCUCGACGUGACAAAAAACGACUUUUCGUCUUGUCAUCGUUUCCAGACAUGAAGUUCCAAUACAAAGAAGAGCACCCUUUUGAGAAAAGGCGGUCCGAAGGAGAGAAAAUAAGGAAGAAGUACCCGGAUAGGGUUCCUGUUAUUGUGGAAAAAGCACCCAAAGCCAGAAUAGGCGACCUGGACAAGAAGAAAUAUCUUGUCCCCUCCGACCUGACAGUGGGCCAGUUUUAUUUCCUCAUCCGGAAACGAAUCCACUUGCGAGCCGAGGACGCGCUCUUCUUCUUCGUAAACAACGUCAUUCCACCCACCUCAGCCACCAUGGGGCUCUUGUACCAGGAGCAUCACGAAGAGGAUUUCUUCCUCUACAUCGCCUACAGUGACGAGAGUGUGUACGGCAAUAACAGCCAAAGGGAAAUAUGAUCCCAUCGAAUCGACUAAGCCCCGCUCCUGCCCCCCACACCCCCACCAACCAACCUAUACAUACAUGCAUACAUUCAUUUAAAUAUUCAACCUUAGCUAAGCAGCUUUAGAGUUCACGUCGCCUUCCACUUCUCUCUGCUCUAAUUUGAUGGCCAGUUUUCAAGUGUCAUAAUCCAAAAUACAAUAUUAAUUCAAAAAUACAAAUAAAAUUAAUGAGAUGAAUGCACUGCAUUAAAAAAAAACAACAAUGAAUUGUACUUAAGUGGUGGAGCUAUUCUGUUAUUAUUGUCAGUGGUUAUUGUUUAUUUUUAGAUUCAGCUUUAUUUACAGUGUUGUAAAGCGGAGUGCAAUUUUUUUUGUUGAAAUUUCUGCCUGUCUUCUUUUUCUGUUAUUUUCCUUUGUUUUUAUUUGAAAGAACUCUGUAUAGAGCUGCAUUACUGGCGCUUUUGUCUCCACUCAUGCUUACGUGAUAAAAUGAAAUGUGAUGAAAAGCUA